AAACUGCUUGUCAUUUUCAUUUGUGCUUGUUUCAGUUUGUCAUUCUCAUUCUCGGUCUCGGAUCUUUCGGAAUAAUAUUAAUUUUAGCAAUUAGUACCAGUAGUUGUAAAAUAUGGCUUUUAUGGGUGAUAUUAUGAAUCCAGCACCUCUUUGGCACAAUGGACCAUCUCCCGGCGCCCUUUACAAUUUCCCAGGAAACUCCAGUAACUACGGUCCUGCAAAACACACUAUUCAAGAUUAUAAAACUCAUUCUGCAUCUCCAAUCACCACAACCACAACAGUCAUAGGGCUCAAGUUCGACAAGGGUGUGGUGAUAGCCGCAGACACCCUGGGUUCGUAUGGCUCCCUGGCCCGAUUCCGAGACUGUCCCCGUGUGAUCAAGGUCAAUGACCUGAUCUUGCUUGGUUCAGGGGGCGAUUAUGCCGAUUAUCAGUAUUUGAAGGAUAUUAUUGAGCAGAAAAUUAUCGAUGAGCAGUGCAUCGGUGACGGCCUCCAACUGAAGCCCCGCUCGCUACACUGCUGGUUGACACGAGUGUUGUACAACAAACGUAGCAAGAUGGACCCGCUCUGGAGCAAUUACGUGGUCGCCGGAAUUCAGGAUGGCGAACCAUUCCUUGGUGCAGUAGACAAGUUGGGCACGGCUUACGAAGACUCCACCAUCGCGACCGGGCUGGGAGCCUACAUGGCGACCCCGCUGCUGAGGGAUGCCACCGCCAAGGGACCCUUGGAUGAGGAGUCAGCCAAGAACCUUGUACGCAAAUGCAUGGAAGUGCUGUACUACCGCGACGCUCGUGCGUUCCAGCGUUACCAGCUCGGAGUGGUGACCUCCGCCGGGGUCGAGGUCGAAGACAUCUCGGAGGUCAAGCCGGACUGGUCGGUCGCGCACAUGAUUCAGAUGAAGUGAAAUAUAUUUGUUCUUGGAUAA